AUGCUUAAAUGGGUACAAUCAGGACUUUCUGCUGUUGCAGGGACAGUGGAACCAGAAUAUGGACCAGAUGCAAUUCAGCCCAUCACCAAAAGAAUAUUUGAAAUCAACAACGGAACUAUCUAUCGUGCUACUAAACCGGAAGAUUUUGAAUGGCUUUCUCCAAAUUACACCAACGUUGAAACCCAAACAUUUUACUUUACCGAUUUGAGCAAUGGAAAUAUUGGGUUUGCACAAAUUAUUCAUUCCAAUGUCAUGGGGUUGACAACAACUGCCCAAUUCACUUUUAGAUUAUACAAUGUUAAAGACAAAAACAUCAAUUUAUGGACAUCAACUAAAUUAGAAGAUUUUGAAAUUAAAGAGAGCAACUUUUACGCUAAGAAUUUGAGUUUAGAGUUGACAGAUAAUAAAGUGUAUAAAUUAAAGAGUUCGGUUAACAAGGAAUCUAUUGUCGAAUUUGAAAUGGAAAGAUUGACUGAUGGAGUUAUAUUUGGUGAUGAUGGUAUGUCAUUUUAUGGUGAAGAUCCUGAACAACCAUGGGGUUCAAUGAGACAUGCUUUUUGGCCUAGAUGUAAGAUCAAUGGUACCAUAACCACUGCUGAUAAUAAGGUAAUUGAAAUCAACAACGGAUUAACAAUGUUUGUUAUGGCAUUACAAGGGAUGAAACCUCACCAUGCUGCCAAAUCAUGGAAUUUUAUGAACUUUCAAUCGUCCAAUCAUUCUGCAGUGCAAAUGGAAUUCACCACCCCAAAAUCUUAUGGUACUACAAAAGUCAACAUUGGUAUUGUUACCGAUAAUGAGAAAGUUUUGAUUGCCAGCAUAGAUAAUCAAGUUGUUCAUUCAGAUACCAAAUUUGAUGACGUUGGCGGCUGGGAUGUGCCACAAAAAAUUGAAUUCAAUUUCAUUGAUGGCAAAGAUAAAGAAAAACAAGUUGCUAGUGUAUCUGGUAAUUUGAGUCAGUUGGUUGAAAGAGUUGAUGUUAUGGCUGAAAUUCCUCAGUUUGUUAAAAACAUUGUUAGUGGCGUAGCUGGUGCUAGACCUUAUAUCUACCAGUACGCCAAUGAAUUUACAAUCGACAUCAAUAAUGGCAAUGAUGAAAAAGUGAAAGAGGAUGGGGUCGGGUUUACUGAGGUCACCUUUAUUUCAGAUUAA